AUGAUCUCUAUUAUUUAUAUUAUUUCAAUCAUCUCAAUUUCCAUUGCCGCGGGAGCUCCUAUCGACAUCGCCGAUGGGAUCAUUCCUAUCGGACCCAAACUUGCAAUCCGCCACGUCGUUUCGGCCAUUGAAGGCGACGGUGCCAUUGCGCCAAGACUGAGAUUCGUCCACAUUGCCCCAAAGGCACAACACAUAGGCGCCUUUGCAGACGGAAUUGGCUGUGCCAAACUCGGGCACGCAAUCAAACUACACAGCCACAUCAAAAUUGAUGAAGGUGAAAUACUUGUAGAAUUAUUAGGUAUAUCGGAUUGUAAAACAUGGCACGCAGCCCUAUUGGGGGUGUAUCACCCUCUUGUUGACCACUUGAUCCACAAGGCGUAUGCCGGUAUCAAGGACAAAGGAAUCAGGAUUGUUGACUCCAUCGACGGGUUAAUUGACAUAAUUCACGCCCAAAUCGACGGAAUUCACGCAAAAUUGUUCGGUGCUUUAGUCAAAAAGGGACUGCCAUCUCACAUAUUCACAAUUAAGCUCCAAGCCAAACUGGAACACGCCCUUAAAUUGUACUCAUAG